AUGACGAGCGAUAAUAAAACAACGAAUGAAGAAAAUAUCAAAUCCGUCGACAAAAUGGCUAUAAGCAAUAGUAAUGACUUAAAACCGACAAGAAGUAACAGUAUUAAAAAAAGCGCAAAAGGAAAAGACAAUAUGCAAAUAAAUAAAGAUAAAUUAAGUGGGGACAAUUGGGCCGAAUUAAGUUUUUUCCAAAAGUUGCGACAUAUGCUCUCCUUAAUCACAGUCGAACCAAUCCUAGCAUGUUAUGUGAUGCCAUCGGUUUUGUCUGGUUUAGCUACACAAAAUUUAUAUUUGGAAAAGGCUUGUCGCGUGAAUUUAGGCUAUGAACACCAUGUUUGUGAUGCACUUACAAGAAGACAGACGGAAAAUUAUACGUUAGAAGAAGAGGCAGUGCAAACUCUUGUCGCAUCAAUAGCGGGUUGGAAGACCGUAUUACAAUCGUUUUUGCCUUGCGGAAUUUUGAUAUUUCUGGGAGCAUAUAGUGACAAAGUGGGACAAAGAAAAUAUUGCAUGCUCUUGCCAAUUAUUGGAGAAUUUUUGACUAGUAUAGGACUUAUAGUAAACACUUACUUCUUCUACCAGUUGCCUGUAGAAGUGGCAGCAGUGACAGAGGCAAUCUUUCCAGCAUUAACUGGCGGUUGGUUCACUAUGUUCAUGGGAGUAUUUAGUUACAUCGCAGACGUAACUACAGAAGAACAAAGGACAUUACGUAUUGGUAUCGUGAAUCUGUUUUAUUCGUUGGGUGUGCCAGUAGGUGCUGCGCUCAGUGGGAUUUUGGUUAGAAAAAUUGGCUUGUAUGGAGUCUUUUCCUUGAGUGCAUCACUGUACACUUUGAGUUUCUUUUAUGGAUUCUUCAGAAUAAAGGAAGUAAAAAGAACCGAUUUGAAUGCGAAAUCGUCCAAGAACUGCUGUGAGUGGCUGAAGGAAUUCUUUGACAUUCGUUACGUGAAAGAUACUCUGACGGUGGCAUUCAAGAAGGGUCCUAAUAACCGUAGACUUAGAGUAAUUAUGCUGGUCAUCGUUCUCUGUGUCGUCAUCGGCCCUAUAUUUGGGGAGAUGUCGGUUAUGUACCUGUUUACCAGAUACCGCUUUAACUGGAACGAAGUGGACUUCAGUAUGUUUUCAACAUACUCAAUGUGUACUUCAUUAGUGGGUACUCUUUUCUCCGUGGGUGUGUUCAGUCACAUUUUGAAAUACGAUGACGCUAUCAUCGGAGUUAUUUCGAGCACAAGUAAAAUAUUAUCAGGUUUUAUGUAUGCUUUCGCGUCAAAAACUUGGCAUAUUUACAUAGCUCCAUUGAUAGAAAUAUUUAAUGGGACAUCGUUUAUUGCAGUAAGAUCAAUGGUUUCUAAAUUAGUGGAGAAAGAUGAAUUAGGCAAAGUUAAUUCCUUCUUUGGCGUGGCAGAAGCCAUGAUGCCCCUGGUGUACGCUCCAAUGUAUACCACAGUUUAUGCUGCUACAUUAAAAACGUUUCCGGGAGCAUUCUUCCUACUUGGAGGUGGACUUACAUUGCCUGCUGUGUUGAUAUUUUUAUGGUUGUAUUUAGUGAACAAGAAACACCCAGUGGAUGCAAAAGACAAAGAUAAUGAAAUGAAAUCGGAGUCUAAACUUGAGAAAGGUGGAGUUGAUAACAAAGCAUUUGAAUCUAAGGAAGAGGAUUCCAGUAAAAACAAAAAGGAACCUGAAAUAAUGGAUAUUUCUAAUAACGACAACGUCACUCAAUCGCAAAUAGAGAUGGGCCUCACCGAAAGUAUGAUUUGCAAUCGAGCUAAUCUCUGA